AGGCGGUUCUUCCAGUGACAUCAGGGGCUCCGCUCCCUUCUUGGAUUAUAAAUGCAGCAUGGAUGCCUUUACGGGUCCCUUUCCCUUUCCUAACGGUGUGGCUGAGAAGAGUGGGCCGUUACUGCUGCAAAGAUCAUGGCACCAGCAAAGAAGAAUAUCCUCGAGCGCCUGGAUGCAGGAGAGGUGGUUAUCGGGGACGGAGGCUUCGUCUUCGCCCUGGAGAAGCGGGGUUACGUCAAGGCAGGCCCGUGGACACCCGAGGCUGCCGCAGAGCACCCUGAAGCGGUGCGGCAGCUGCACAGGGAGUUUCUGCGGGCUGGCGCAAAUGUCAUGCAGACAUUCACUUUCUACGCCAGCGACGAUAAGCUGGAGAACAGGGGCCAAACUCAGCGCUUCACUGGCCAGCAGAUAAACGAGGCAGCUUGUGACCUGGCCAGGGAGGUGGCCAAUGAGGGUGAUGCUAUGGUGGCAGGAGGAGUGUCACAGACACCCUCUUACCUCAGCUGCAAGAGUGAGGAUGAUGUUAAGGCCAUCUUCAAGAAACAGACUGAUGUCUUUGUUAAGAAAGACGUGGACUUCCUGGUUGCAGAGUACUUCGAACACGUGGAAGAAGCCGAGUGGGCAGUCCAGGUUCUGAAGGCCACCGGGAAGCCUGUGGCUGCGACUUUGUGUAUUGGACCAGAAGGUGAUCUUAAUGGAGUCAGCCCUGGAGACUGUGGUGCCAGACUGGUCAAAGCUGGGGCUCAGAUUGUUGGCAUUAACUGCCAUUUUGACCCGGAGACCUGUGUGAAGACUGUGAAGCUGAUGAAGGAGGGAGUGGAGAAGGCUGGCCUGAAGGCUCACUACAUGUGCCAGCCGCUGGCCUUCCACACCCCAGACUGCAACCGGCAGGGAUUCAUCGACCUGCCGGAGUUCCCAUUCGCUCUAGAGCCCAGGAUCCUGACCAGAUGGGACAUGCAGAAAUACGCUCGUGACGCGUACAACGUUGGCAUUCGUUAUAUUGGUGGCUGCUGUGGUUUUGAGCCGUAUCACAUCCGCGCUCUGGCUGAGGAGCUGGCAACUGAACGUGGCUUCCAGCCUGUUGGCUCUGAGAAGCACGGCAGCUGGGGCAGUGGCCUGGAAAUGCACACAAAGCCUUGGGUUAGAGCUAGGGCUCGUCGUGACUACUGGGAGAAGCUGAAGCCUGCCUCAGGACGUCCAUUCUGUGCUGCCAUGGCCACACCUGACAGCUGGGGCGUCACCAAAGGUCACGCUGACCUGAUGCAACAAAAAGAGGCCACCUCCGAGGAACAACUCAAGGCUCUCUUUGAAAAAGCCGACCAUGGCCAUUGAGCUCUCCUCUAAACCCUCUGACUAAGGGGAGAAACAAAGGGGUGACAUUCCCUCAAGUUUACAUGCCUAAAACAAAGAUUUAAGUUCCUUUUGCCUUUUAGGACCAUUUUUACUGUGUGAAGACUGGUAUUAAAUGCCGUCCAUUUCAAAAUAGCUUUCCAGACAACCAGCAAGUAUAUCUGAGUAGGAUUUUCAUACGUGUAAGCUCUGUCUAAUCGCUGUAAUUUCAAAGCUCAAGCGAGCAACUGUGAACCCACCCUAGUAAUGCCUUGACACAAAAUUGCCUUUAUGUUUUAUGAGAGAGAAAACGAUCAAAUAAAAACCCACUGCCUAAAAAAA